CAACGCCUCUUUCCAGACCAAAGUUCAAUUAUUUUACAUUUUUAUUACCGCUGCUGCUUAAAGUUUACCAGGGUGACUGUCUGCUAGCACGGAGAGCAGGUCCCAGAGAGCAAGGAGGAGGAAACAACCUCAUGCUAAGCAGGACUACACUGAAGAAAACACGCUGAAUCGGUGGGAAAAUGCCGUCCAGGAAAAAAACAUCCAUGUUUGCGUUUGCUUUUCUCACCUGCGUUUGCUCUUUCGUGAUGAUUUGCGUCGUUCUGGCGACCCAGCACUGGAUAACUAGUAAAGUUGUCUUCUCUGGCACAAACUCCAGCGUUACGGUGAGCCUCACCUACGGACUUUUUAGCGGUACCUGUGAACAGUUCGUUGACGUGGGACUUCAGGUUUCUGAAAAGACUUUCCAAGUUGCAGAUAACCUGAGAAACAGCAAGGCGAAAAGCAUGAUCACUGCCGUUGUCGUGACUCUGGUUCUCAGUUUACUGAGCUCCCUUCUGAGUUCUGGAUUUACCUGCACUAACGCCGUCAGUAAUCCCUACCAGACGUUCUUGGGACCCACCGGAGUCUAUACCUGGAAUUCCUUAUGCGGAAUCUUCAUGCUUCUAGCCAUGAUACUUUUUCCUGUGAACAUAGAAGAAAACAGCCUGUCUAUAGAAUUGGCCCGUGGAUGUUUUUCUUUUCUGCAAACACAUAUCAAAUCUACACACACUUACGGGUAUUCAUACUGGAUCAUGCUGCUCGUCAUUAUUCUGAACACAGCUUCUAUCACCAUCAUAUGUUUCUAUGCCCAUGCAAGAUAUUCUAAGAAGAAAGAACAGGAAAGACCCAUGGAAAACACACCAAAAGAUGUCAUUCUGUUUUAAGGAUGCCACUGAAAAGAGGACGUAAAGGAAAGUGACUCUUAGCGUGGACAAUCAUGGCCGAUCACGUCCAUUCAAAUUGAAGUUGUGUGUAUAGUUCAAUUAACAAAAUAGCCUAUUAUGUCUUCACAGCAAUUUGAUUUUAUCUUUAUGUUAGGUAUUAGUGUAAUAUUUAUAAGUUUUCAUUGGUAAACAUGCUGCCUAAACACCUCCGAGUAGAUGUGGCCCAAAGUGCACGAUGCCAGCCCUGUCCUGCAGGACCAGACCUCACACCCCUUACGGCUCUGCUCUUCCCCGGACGGGUCGCUGUGAAAACGCACUCCUGGAAGGGUUCCUCCUCUCCAACCACUGCCUUUCCAAGAGAACUGCCACCUUCUUGCCCACACAAUGCAAAGGGGCUGGUUCGACCUCCAUUUUCUGGAUUUUCAGGACCACGGGACAGACCCGCAGCGGCCACCCUGGCGUUCCACAGGGGUGCACCAACAUCGGCACCUACGAGUGCAUUUCUGCUUCUCCCAUUGGGUCUGAAUGGGAAGAUCAAAGACGUCGUUUUGGCUGUGUAAUUUGGGAUCUCGAGGGGCAGAAUUAGUGCAAACGCCAGGAACCCUUUGGGAUGAUGAGAAAUGGGCCCUAAGGUAGAGGUGCUUCAUUUCGUCCUGCAAUUCUUACUGCUGUCCUUUCCCUGCUUCGGGAUUUUCUCCCACCGGUCCCCUAUGGCACUGGCCCCGGUGACCACGGGCUGCUGUUGAUGAACAGGAGUGUGAGCACUUGGACAAACUCGCUUGUGGUCAGCACCUUCACAUCAAACCUCCCAAGAGCAACAGCACUGCCCCUGUCCGUGCUUCCUGCGCUCGGUGCUUUCGGCCACGGCUGGGGUGACAGACAGGGCAGCAACAGCAAGAGGAUGGGCUACAGCCUACAGAAGACAGCUUAGGAGCCCAGUAUCUGCAAGUUGGAACAUCAGCAAAAUCCUGUUUCAGGCUAUGUAUAGACCCUUGACUACUGUCAACAGCAAAUGGCAAAGCCAGAAGUUGAGCGGGUAUGGCCGGCCGCUUUCCCACCCGCUACGCCAGACUGCCAUUUGCCCUGACACAAAAGCCAAAUAAUGGGCUUUAUUAGUGAUGAUUUACAGCCGAUACCAUCCCUAUGCCCAGUGUAAUUAGCAUUUAAUAUGCACACAAAGACACACAGCUGUAGAGCUUCACAGACGUGGGGAGCUCCCUUCCCGCCCCCCACAGGGGAAGGUUAGCAGGCGAAUGUGACCUUGUGACAGAUGCCAUUGCACAAAAUCACGCUUGGUGCACAUGCCCCAGAAGUGCACUGUGCAAAACGGUGGUCAGCAGCUUCUGCUCCUUUGCUCCUCACCUCUGCAGCUAGGAGAGCAGGGUUUCCCUUUACAAUAUGAUUUUCACAGUCAUGUUUGAUAGCUGUGCUAUGAUACAAGAGAUGCUCACGGAGGGGAAAAAAAGGCAUUUCUGAAGAGGGGAUGAAAAGGUACAAGAGGUAACUUCUCACUAUUUAUAUUUAAAAAAAAAGUUUCAGGAUUAAAGUGCCCAGUACUUUAUGCAGCGGUGCUCUUGCAAAGGAAUCAGAGCUUCUCCAUCCUGCUUGAGCAUUUGACUACAAGUAUGAGAGCAGAGUGGGGGAAAAAAAAAUAAAAGGUUUCUAAGACUUGAGGGGCAGCAUAGGUCAGCAAAAGAAGAGAUGUUAUCUGCUCUCCACUGCUGACAAGAACCAUGCUUAGAACCGCUUUUCAGCGCUGUAAACAUUGCAGUUAAGCCCUCAGAUACUGUGCACCCGCGAGCUAAGGUGGCGGAAAGCCAAACAUUUGCCAGUUUUGCUUUGGCUGCAAAAAUUUUCACACAGUUUCAGCAUGCAUCUGUCACUGUUGUACUCAGCCAGCAUCCAUCACACAAUACAAUUACACUUAUAUCAGGCACUUGCUUUCAGAGAAAUAAAAUUGUCGUAAUAGAAUAACACCGGAGGAACAGGGGCUCCUGCUUUGGAAAGCAGCGGUUUACCAUUACUUGGGCAUUUCUAGUGCACUGAAGUACUAAUUUCCAUGGAAGAGCCAAAAGAGGAAAAAAAUUCUACUUUCGUGUGUCUGUUUGAACCACCUGGCUCUGUUAAAAAUCAGUCUGGAAGUCUCAAGGGACCUUAUGCUCGCCUGCUGACACGUACGGCUGCGAAGCAGCAGAGGCACGUGUCACCAGAAAGUCGCUGGGUAGUGAGAGCUCACCUGCUUUGAUGUGAGCUACAGAUCAAAGUCAUUACAACACUAAAAAGAAAAAAAUCUAAUUUAAAUAGUAGUUAAAGUUGUAGGUGGCUAACAAGGCUACCCUAAUAUUCUUAGUCUGAACGUUUUCUUUCAAAUCAAAGACAGGAUUUCCCUUCUCAAGCUCAGAAUGAGCUCCUCUGCCCUACGCUACAUACUUUCCGCUUCAUGCAACGGUGCCGGCCUGGCAGAUGCUGCUGAUGGAGGUUUAGCAGGCGGCGACGAGGCUGAGGAAGGCGGCGGCUUCCCGCGGUACCCAGCCCCGGUGCCCCAGGGAGCAGCGCCCGCAUCCCUGCACGGACGAACCCACCCAACCUCGGCCAGGCUGCGGGGAAGCACGGGGAGAGCGGCUGCGAGAGGCAAGUGAUGCGAUGCAAGGGGGAGAGGAGGAUGCAGGAAAUCGGUGCGAACUUCUCUCCUUGUUUUCCCCCAAAAUGCCACGACAGCCCUGUAAAGUGGUAGCAAAGCGUUGUGUGCCACGGGGAUUGUUAUAUUUUAUAAGGUCUGUUAUCAGGGAACUGCCUGGAUUUGAAGGGCCUGCUCCAAGUUAAAUUACAAAACAUGAGAGCUCUGGAAUUACUUGUCUCCCAAAAAGAGAGCUGAUUGCCCAGGAGCCAUCCAGGACAGGGCUGGCCCUGGCAGGCAAGUUUUGGGGAUGAAGAAACAAGAAGCCAAACACUCCAGGAACCCAUUCCCUGAAUCAAAAGCUCAGUAAGGGCUUGUGUAUCUGGGUUCCAGCCACUUCUACCAGAGGAAGAAAAAGGAGAAAGAAAAAAAAAAAAAAGGAUGCAACAUAAUCCAACCUUGUAUUUAGCUUUUAGGAUAUCAAAAAGGAAUCGGUCUGGCUUUUGCUUACCAGACAGCCUUUGAAAUGAAUGGAGCUGUGUUCAGUACACUUAUCCUCUUAAUGAGGACAAAUUCUGGCAGUUUACCCUUAGGUAAAAAGGAAAAAAGCUUGCACUGUCAGCUUGAUGCACUCUUGAAAGAAAAAUCAAGCUCCCAUCUUAUCUAAACCCAGGGUAAUUUUACACAUUCAUCACUUGCCAGUAGUUGAAGCACGUUGCUUUUCACCAGGAGCUGUGUCUGAUCAGGUCAAGGGAAGGAUCCAGGCUGAAACCAGCCGAAAGAUGAAUCCUCCCUUGCAGCAGCUGAGGUCCCAGCUCCGAGCGCGCCAGGGCAGGGGCAGAUGCGUGCAAAGUGCUCCCUUGCCUUGCGCCUCGGGUCUGAAGGUGGCCGGGGUCAGAGAGGACG